GGCAGCAGUAAUCGAAUUUGUAACGUUGAAGAAUGUCGAUUACAGUGUCGUUUCUUCUGUUACCAUCACUAGUCUUUCUCCAGACUGUUGUGAUUGCACAAUCUACUACUGUUUGUACUACUCCAACACCAACACCAUACCAGCGCUUUGCCAGCACUGAGACACCGACUACAGCAUUUCAUCGAAAGAAUAGCAACGGAGAAGAGAAUCGUUCAACCUGGAAACAAUGUGUUUGGAAUACGACAAACGCCACUGACGACGGACUGAUACAUGAGUGCAAUUUCACAGUAGAAAGUUGUGGCAACUCUCUUCAUGUCGUCUACUCAGGAGUCAACAGAGUCUAUUGUAACGGUUAUCAGGAAUGUUGCUCCAGAUGGUACUUUACCUUCGAUGGUGAUGAAUGUGAUGAUCCCGCACCUAUUGACCUGGUGGUUUUCAAGCGGUACACAGAGGACAGUCCCUACAGGACAAGACAAAUGGAAGGAUAUUGUGACAAGAUGCCCAAUGGAGUUGUGACCGUAGGGCUCCAUGUAGGCACAUGCAAAGGCAUGAUCGACGAACUUGCUAAUGCGUACACAGGAUGGAAUGAGAAAUCACCGUCUCGUAUUCUUGUUCAAGAAAUGGGUCCACCUCAAGAUCAAUCAGAGUCUAUGCCUCCACCCUAGAUAUCUAAUAUGUCUGGACCACUGAGUGACCGGUUGCUCUAUUCUUUAACCUUGCAUGUUUCUUGUAUGUUAGUGCUAUGAGCACCAAACCUAUAGUUAUCAUUCUAGCGUAAUUGGUAAUGUGAGAUUGCAGAGCAUGCCCUGAACCUGAACAAGAUGUAUUGUAUCUACGAGUGUAUACUUUCAUACAAUAAUUUCGUCAUCCUAGUAAACAUGGCUAUGUUCUAAUGUACAUUAAACCCAGCCCUUGUGC